UCAGCAGUCAGCAGUCAGCAGUCAGCAGUCAGCAGUCAGCAAUCAACAGUCAAACUUCCAUCUCUGCAAAAAGUGUCCUCCCCCCUUCCCCCCCCCUCCCCCCCCAAAUUCAAGCAUCAUACUCAUCCAUCACCCUCGCCGCCAUGGGCUCCCUCGGAACCACCAUCCCCCCUUUCCCCGUCCUGGACGACACCUGUCCGGACGACAUGACCCGCCCGGCCUUCAUGGUGUCGACCACGCGGGGCUUCCUCCCGCGCAUGGACCCGAUCGCGACGCUGCCCGCCGAGUUCGACGCGCUCGAGUCCAUCCUCCAGCGCAUGCCCGUCAAGACGCUGUCGGGCGAGCCGGGCCUGCUCGCGCGCGGCCAGCUGGGCGCGACGGUGGCCGCGGAGCUGCCCGACCUGACCGACGCCGUCGAUAAGUACAGGGACAACCUGCCGCUGAUGAACGCCCUGUACCGCGACUACUCGUUCUUGGCCUCGGCCUACCUCCUCGAGCCCUGCCAUGAGCGGUUUGUGAAGGGGGAGGGGUAUGGUCUUGCGAGGGACGUGUUGCCGGCGAAUGUUGCGAGGCCGAUUGCUAAGUGUGCUGCUCUCUGCGGCUUCAAACCAUUCAUGGAAUACGCCGGCUCCUAUGCACUCUUCAACUACCGCCUCGCCGACCCCUCCCAGGGCCUGGCCUCGUCCAACCUGCGCCUGAUCCGCGCCUUCGAGCACGGCCUCGACCCGUCCUCGUCCGAGGCCGGCUUCGUGCUGGUGCACAUCGAAAUGGUGAAGCACUCCGGCCCGCUGGUCGCCGGCGCCGUCGCCUGCCUCUCCUCCCUCUCCUCCUCCUCCUCCCCCUCCCCGUCUCGACAGACCCUCAACGCGGGGCUAACCCAGGUCCUGGCCUCCUUACAAAAGGUCAACUCGACCAUGGAAACAAUGUGGGCCCGCAGCCGCCCGACGCAGUACACCUCCUUUCGGACGUUCAUCUUCGGGAUCACUUCGCAGAGCAUGUUCCCCAAGGGUGUCGUGUACGAAGGCGUGCCCGAGCUGGGCGGGAAACCGGUGGACUUCAGGGGGGAGAGCGGCGCCAACGACUCUAUGAUCCCGCUAGUCGACAACCUGCUGGCGAUUCCCAUGCCGCAGACGCCGCUGACUGAGAUUCUCAAAGACUUCAGGAGCUAUCGGCCGGGGCAGCAUAGGGAGUUUCUGGAGUGGGUCAAGGUGGCGAGCGAGGAAGGGGGAUUGAAGGGGUGGGCUCUUGCUUUGGAUCAUCGUGAUCAUGAUAAUGAGGAGGAGGCGGAGGAGGUGAGACAGACCCGGGCGCUGUGGAUCAAAGUGCUGGACCAGGUGCGAGAUUUCCGGUGGCGGCACUGGUGCUUUGCAAGGGAGUACAUCCUCAAGCGGACGAGCCAUCCCACCGCCACGGGCGGCAGUCCCAUUGUCACCUGGCUGCCAAACCAGCUCGGCGCGGUCAUGGACGAGAUCAUGCGGGUGUAUGAGGCGGCGGGGGCGAAGGGAGGGAAGCUGGGCGACGACGUGGAGGCCAUCGUGGAUCUGGUCGGCCGGCAGAGGGAGAUGUUGCGCAAGGAGGUGCGCAAGUUCUGCGAGGAGCGCGGGGUAGAGGCCAAUGUUUAACGUCUAGGUCGGGUACUGCAGGUUCUUGGGGUACCAUACCCUCCAUGAUCUUAAUGAUACAGCCCCUGAAGGGUGUAUGUCUCUCUGGGUACCUUAUGUCUAUGGGUCGUCCAGGUAUCACCACAAUAGAUAUGCAAUACAACAGCAACCCUCCUCCCAACUUAAACAACAAAAUGCAUGCCACUAGAAUCAUAAAACACCCCGCUUCAUGCUCAUGUCAUGCUCAUGUCAUGCUCCCUUCCGUCCUCACUCAUAUUCUCAUGCCGCCCCAACCUACCCAUCCCACAGCCAUCCCCGCUAACCACCACCACCCCCCGC